AUGGAUGGUAUUUCCGUUGCCAGCGGUGUUGCUGGUCUCAUUACACUUGGUCUACAAGUCAGUGGUACAAUAGCCAUCUAUGUUAAUUCAAUCAAGGAACGAGACAAGAACAUUCGCGAACUACAUGAUGAGCUUCUGCUUCUUGGAGAAGUCCUCAGCGGCUUGAGGGAUUUUCUCGUCAGCGAGAAGGCCAAAGGUCGAUCCUUUGAUACCAAUUCAGUCCUUCAGACUGCCAUUCGAGACUGUCGAACCAGGAUCGAACGCAUAGGUGACAAGCUGAAACCUUCCGAUGGGGGCAAGGUCGCUCGAGCACUCGACAAGUUGAAAUGGCCUUUCGAGCAGCGUGAAGUCAUGUCCAUGACGGAAAACUUGCGACGUUUUGCUCAAACUUUCCAGUUCGCCUUCACGAUCGAGGGAUGCAAUCUACUCUCCAAAACCUCAGAAGAUGCUUCCAAAGGUCUGCAGCAGAUGUUGGAGACCUCGAACAAAAUUAGCGAGCUCUCAGUUCAGAUGGGCCUGUCUGCAGAUGAGUCUUCAAAGCGUGCCGCCCAGCUGGAACAAAUCAUCGCAUUGGUUCCACUGCUGAACAGCACUGCUGCCAAUGUCAAUGAGUUGACGCACGCAGCAAGACUGUCAGAGUUGAGAGAGCAAGAGAGACGCACUUCUGACAUUCUAGACUGGCUCGCACCCGUUGCAGCGUUACACAAACACCGAGACUUGCAGUUGAAGCGCACGCCUGGAACAAGCAAGUGGUUUUUAGAGAGCCCUGAAUUUUCGAAUUGGAUUGAUAGCAGCUCCGCGGACCAUGACUUUCUCUGUAUAGGUGGUCCCGGUGUAGGGAAGAGCGUCUUAUGCUCUGGGGCCGUAGAUCAUCUUCGGGCGAAGUACAACACUGAGGACGUCGCCAUAGCUUUCUACUACUACGACUACUCCGAACAGCAAUCCCAAGGUCCUUCCAACUUCGCAAGAUCACUGUUACGCCAACUCUGCUCUUCUGCUCAUACCGUUCCAUCCUCAGUCGCUGACUUCUAUCAACGGACUAGAAAUGAUGUAAAGGAUCAAACAUGGUUCAACGACCUCUUGUCGGUGUUACGCCGAGUUGUAUCAACUUACAACCGUUGUUUCAUCGUUGUCGAUGCCUUGGAUGAAGCGGAUGUGCAAAGCCAGCGGACUGGCUUUUUCCAAGUCCUAGACGCCAUCAGGGGCACUGGCGAUAUGUUGAGAUUACUCGCAACAGCCAGACCACAUGCUAUCAGCAGUGUUGACAGAUUCCAUGACCCAAUCAUGUUUGAUGUUGUUGCAAACCCCUCAGACCUUCGUCAAUAUCUGAACCAGACAAUAAAUGAACAUCCUGAUUCGGAGUAUACCAUGGAUCCGGAGCUGAAAGAGCAUAUUCUACAAACCCUUUGUAACAAUGCAAAUGGCAUGUUUCUGCUUCCAGCGCUUCAGAUUCGAACUAUUCUGGACCAGAUCACAAAAGCUGACGUAAAGAGAACUUUACGCAAUCUAUCAACAAGUCUGACGGCCGCUUUUCAAUCCACAAUUGAACGGAUAUCUGGUCUUUCAACAACGAGGCGUGAACUUGCUUUUCGGACAUUGAUGUGGAUAUCCCAUGCGAGAAGGCCAUUGGAUGUGCGAGAAUUACAACACGCAAUGGCCAUAAGAUUGGAAGACCCCGAUCUUGAUCGCGAUAACAUUCCAUCUCUCAGAACUCUUCUGGAUUGUUGUUGUGGACUUGUCGAGGUUGACAGGGAAAGUAAUAUCAUACGCCUUGUGCAUCACUCUCUGGAAGAAUACCUUCGGGAUCAGAAACAUGGCUUCUUCAAGGACACGAACAUUGUGAUCUCCAAUGCCUGCCUAAGGUACCUGAGUUUCAGCUCAGUCAAGACUCUGCCCCGACAGAAUCGUACUGAUUUUCUGGCAUCAAUGAUUGAUCUAGCUUUCUUAGAAUAUGCUGCGAAUGAAUGGGGAUAUCAUGCAUAUGAUGUUACGGCUGCAGCGAUUGAGGACUUUGCGAUCCCGGCACUAACAAGCAUCCAAACACUCUUUACGAUUGCUAGAGCACGAGACGUUCGUAACCUUGAUUUCCGAAAAUGGAUGACGAAAGCAUUAGCCUGGGCUGAAUCCGGUGGUGCUGGUGUAUCACUUUGUGCUGAAUUUGGGCUGACCGAACUACUCGUGAUGCUUAUCAGCAAACACCCAGAGCACGGCUACCUGAAUUCCAGAAAUAUUCAUGGGAGUACACCUCUCCAUGAAGCUGCGUUGAAAGGGCAUGAAGCAACAGCCAAGGUAUUGAUUGAUCAUGGCUCUGACGUUCUGGACACAAACUACGGAAAUUGCACCCCACUAUAUCUGGCUGCUUCAUACGGUAAAUAUUCUAUGAUCAACUUCCUUCUCCAGUAUGGGCGACCUCAGCUUGAUGUUCCUGACUCUCGAGGUACUACCCCUCUGCACAAGGUGGUCGAACAAGGUAACUUAGAUAUGGUCCAGGUCAUGCUCGAGGCAGGAGCAUUGGUCGCAGCUCACGACCAGCAAGGCAGCACUCCCCUACAUCUAGCUGCGAAACGUGGCCAUACCAUGAUUGCCAAGCAGUUGGUAAGUGCUGGUGCGUUUGUUCAUGUCAAGGAUGAGGAAAACCUUUGCCCCCUUGAUUACGCAGCCACCGGGGGACAUGUGGAGCUGGUUGAAUUCCUUGCAGACAACGGUGGAAGCAUAUUACACAAAGGAAGAGAAAUGUGGACGCCGCUACAUCGAGCUGCGCGAGGUGGGCAUUCGAAAUCAGUAGAACUCCUGCUCAAGCGCGAUGUCAACGUACUCGCCGAUGACUUCAGAGGUCAGAUUCCCUUACAUCUUGCGGUACGAUCGGGAAGCAUGGAUACUGUUGUGACACUUCUGGCGCAUCGACCCGAAUUGAAGUCAGCGCAACUAUUCGCUCGAGACAGAAAGAACUCGACCCCACGAGAGGUUGCUUUCUAUACCGCCCAUUAUAAUAUACAUAAGUAUCUUCGAGCCGUCGAGUGGAGGACACUGGGCAUCGAAUCAAGAAGCGCAAAUCUCAUCGCCACUGCCAUCGAAGCGGGUGAUAUUGAGCAAGUUCGUGAUUUACUCAGGAAGGAUCCAAGUGUCAUCAACACACCCGAUGAGGACGGCCAACCCCUCCUACAUAUCGCCGUCCAAGAGAACAAGAAGGACAUAGUCGCACUACUGUUACAGUACGGAGCUUCAAUCGAAGUAAAAGGAUACCACGGAUGGCGUGCUCUCCACAUAGCUGCGUCUCUUGGCAAUCUGGAGCUCGUGGAAUUAUGUCUCCAGCACAAUGCAAGCGUUAUGCAGCGAACCAACACCAGCCAGACAGCACUCCACAAAGCAGCAUCGACCAAGUCCGUGGCCGUCAUGAGGCGACUUCUCGAGGCAGGGGCAGACCCCAACGCACAGAACGAGCGAGGCAUGACGGCUCUCCACGUUGCAGCGCACAAGAACGAUAUCGAGAUUGCUCGCCUCCUCAUCCACGAAUACGGCGUGGACGUGCUCGCGAGAGACCAACAGGGCCACACUCCGGCGGGCUGGGCCGAGCGUUCGGCACAUCUUGAAGUGACCUCUUUCCUGCACAAGGAGAUGAAGAAAGCCAGAGCCGCGAGGAAAUCGACCCCAGACUUGUUAGCCACUCCUGUGCCAAUCGCCGAACCGGCGUAG